AUGCUCAAGGUAUGUGGCAUAUGCUCAAGGUAUGUGGCAUAUGCUCAAGGGUAUGUGGCAUAUGCUCAAGGGUAUGUGGCAUAUGCUCAGGGGUAUGUGGCAUAUGGGUAUGUGGCAUAUGCUCAGGGGUAUGUGGCAUAUGCUCAGGGUAUGUGGCAUAUGUUCAGGGUAUGUGGCAUAUGGUCAAGUGCCGCUGUGCUGGUGACCAGGGGAGGUUCUCGUGCUGCGGUGAUGACUGAUGUGGGGAAUGGGCAAACGGGGACGACGGGGACGAUGGCGGUGCUGCAGUGCUGGUAG